AUGGCCCCCGCCCGGAACGCACGCGUACUCUUCAACGAGAUCCCCUCAGGCUACCCGAUCCCAGGGAAGACCACGGUUUAUGACGACUCACAAACCAUAGACAUCGACGGCGUGCCGCUCAACGGCGGCUUCCUAAUCAAAGUGCUCAUUCUCUCCAUCGACCCUUACCUGCGUGGCAGAAUGCGCGACCCGAGCAUCAAGAGUUACUCUAUAGCAUAUACAAUCGGGGCACCGCUGGAUAACUUCGGAGUCGGCGUCGUGCUCCGCUCUGAGAGUGACGAACUCAAAGUCGGAGAUCAUGUCUAUGGGUACUACCCUUUCCAGGAAUAUGUCGUGUACGAGGAUAUUGCGGCUUUACGCCUAGCGCGCGUACUCAAGAAUGAAGAGGGCCUGCCGUGGUCAGUUUACGUCGGCGUCUGCGGCCUACCAGGGCAUACUGCUCACCAUGGCUGGAUGGAAUUUGCCAAGCCGAAGCAGGGUGAUGUGGUCUUCGUCACGACCGCUAAGCAAGCCGGCUGCAAAGUGAUCGCAUCCGCUGGCUCGGACGAGAAGGUUACUAUCCUGAAAUCUAUAGGAACCGAUGUUGCGUUCAACUACAAGAAGACGAUUGAUGUGCUAAUGAAGGAAGGACCCAUUGAUAUAUACCGGGACAAUGUCGGCGGCGAGAGCUUGGACGCUGCGCUCGAGGUUGCAGCAUGGCAUGCGCGUGAAUGCGGGAUGAUCUCCGCGUACAACAACGCCGAUGACUAUGCCAUGAAGAACCUUCCUCUCAUCUUCACCAAGAGUCUAACGCUGUACGACUUCACCGUCAUGGACUUCCACCACAAGUACGCGGACCAGGGUGGUUAA